CUUUGCCAACCUAUCCCUGCUCCUGCUAGUGCUGCUGGUGGGUUUCCUCUUGGCUCUGUGCUCGAUCCUCCAACUCCUCUCCUCCACUGCGCCCCGACGCUGAGAGCUUCUUCUAGCCCUACGCGGAUCCCAUCUUGUAAGUAUGUGAUCUCUCUCUCUCUCUCUCUCUCUCUCUCUCUCUGCCUGGGGCGGGACCCUGGUUCUGGAAUCCCUCACUCGUCGUGGUUGCGGGAUUAGGUCGAAAUGUACUGGUGUCAUGUGAUGCGUUGGUUUGAUGUCAUGUAUGGUGAGUGUGGGCAUCGUCCCGGGUAUAAGGAAUAUGAGAAGGAGAACAGGGUCGGGGGAGGGGAGGGGGUGGGGGGUUGGGUGUGGGAUCCUGUCGGUAGUAAGAUUUGGUUUUCAAACUCAUGGGGCAAAUCAGUGCCUGGAUGCUAUUAUUGGGAUAUUUUCAAACCCGUCUAGAUCCACUCAAGUCUCCCCUGUCUACGGGUGUGCCCACAUAUAUGUAUAUAUGUCUUCGUUGCUGGCCAGCAAUCACAGAAACUGAGGUUCAGGUUAUGGAAGCCGAGGCAGUGUUUCGUCGACCGACUUGGAGAUGUGGUCGAGAUUCCGAGCGUGGUUCCGUCUAAAAUGUGCAAGGCUGAGGCCUCGUACUUGGACGCACUUCACACCGGCUUCAAAAAGGGGUACUGGAGUAAAUUCCUUCAAGAGGAACAAGGAUUCCAUUAGUUACUGAAGCUUGUAAACAGAAGUAUGCGAUUCUGAGAGGACGGUAUGCAUGUUCCAGCAGUUCCAGCAUGAGUCGGAAAGGAGACCUUGAAAACGACAUGUAUUGGUUUGAAGAGUUGCGCAAGUUGAGAGUUGCCCACUUGAAACGGGAGCUUGAACAGUAUGAUGGGUCGAUCGGGACACUUCAGGUUAAGAUAAAGAGAUUAAAGGCUGAAAAGGCACGCGAUACAUCUGUAAGCAAGCAGCUUAGAAAAAGUCUCCCGAGUUCUCAAGUCAUUAAUUAUGUAUAUGGAGGUUUAACUUGUGAAACGGGACUUCAGACAUUGGAUGACGGAAGCUCCGAAGUUGAACGCAAACAGUUACAUAGCAAUCCUGUCGUUCGGGAAUCAGAAAGAGUUUCACAGAAACGUACAUCUCAAACAGCUUCCAGUUUGCAUCAUCAGCUCUCUGGGGAGGAUGAGCGACGACCAAAUGCUACCCAAGAUCUCCCAGAUAGCUCUCCGGCAUGCGUGGAUGUGGCGGCUAGUACUCGUGUAACAAAUACUUCUCCUCUAAAUAGCAUUGAACAAGGUAGCAUUGAUGAAGAAGACGAUAGGAUGUUUGACGCUGUCCAUUCUCCAUCUGAAACUGAACAUGGCGAAAUCCCUGCUGUAUCAGGGACUGCAGCAGCAAAUGUUUUGCAGGAAGUGAUAGCAGACAAGGUAAAAACCUCUACGGAGUGUGAUCUCCCAGAAUUUGUUAAUCGUCCUUGUGGAGAUCAAUCGAUGGACUUGUCGACGGAUGUCUCGAUCACUUGUGAAGUAGCGGAUGUUGAGUUACAUGGUCAAGAUAUUGACGUAAUCAACGCAAGUAACCUGGUUGAGCAGGUAGGCUAUCAAGAAAAACCAGUGGAAAUAGUUGUGGUGGAUGGUGGAGUUGAUACGUUUCAAGCUGAUUCUGGUCACAGCCGAUUAGAUGAAGUCUUAGUGACAAAUGACGAUUCAGUACUGCGCACGGAAACCAACAAAAACAAUAGUUUGGAAUGUGACGAAGGGGUAACCCACGUAAGAAGAGACUCUGUGGAUUUGUUCACCGACCUGUCCAGUCAGCAGGCUGAACCUUCAGGAAAGAUUGAAAAUUCUGGAGAUCGGCAAGGGAUGCCUGUUGAAGGUGGAGACCACGACUUCCAGUUAAACAAAGAGCAAGACUCUGAUGUACUGGAAGGGGACCAAACCCUAAUUGCCGAGAAGGAUCACACCCCAAUUCUAGGAAUAGGCGUCGACAAGCCAGUAAGUUUUGCCUAUGCUAAGCGUAGAGCACGACUGGAGCGUUCUGAUAAUGUUACUCCUCCUGCUGUACAGUCAGUUGACGAAGCUAUCGAUUCAACCUUAAUCGUUGCUACGGUUCCAGAGGGACUGAACAAGGGUGGGGCUUCAACUACACUCGUUGAGCUUGUCCCUUGCCAGCAGAAGCACCUCUAUCCUGAAGUGUGUGAUUCCGUGGAAGUUAGUUCCACUCCGCACGCAGUGAAGAAGUCUGAAACCUUGGGUGCUGAGAAUAGAGACCUUGGUCAGUCUUCUGACAGUAAAUUGAUGUAUAGCGUUACUUCGCCGAAGGAGUCAGAAAAAUUAGAUGUUUCCUCAGUGGUUCCAAUUGUAUCUACUGUAAAGUCUGAAAGUAGUAAAGGUGGUGCAAUUACCAUCUUCGUGAAACAGAACUCAAAGGGAUCUACUCGUGAAAAUUCUGGACUCUUGUCUGUAGCUGAGGAGGGUAAAGAAAGUCCGAUUGUCGAAGGACAAAUAGUUAUUGCCCUGGAUGGUCCAGAUGAGACAGUUUCUAGCCCCAAAAGUGCCUCUGGUAUUCCUCGUAGCGCUGGAGUUGAAGAGACGUGUCCAACGAUUGUACAAAUUAGAUCAGAUGUAGUCGAUGUUUUAGAAGCCUCUGGCGUGGAAGAGCAGCACAAUACCUCUGCGCGACACAGUAGUGAUAUCGGCAGCCGUGAGCUGAUGGAAGGGGAGGGGGCCCAUGAGUCACCUGCGAACGCAACGGGCUCGCUGGAGAGAAAUCACGAAAUAGGACAGGAAAAUGCUUCUGAAUCUACAUUAUUGGGUAUAGAAAUGGUUCACACUUCUGACGUGGCAACGAGCACAUCUGUGUUAUCGGAGACUCCCAAAGGUAAACCUGCGGGUAGUCAGGCCCCUGGUCUUAAACUGGACAUUGAUACUGAGAUGACGGAAGGAACUGCAACUGGUAAUGACAUGCAGCUAAGCAACUCAGAAAGCCAUCUCAAGCGAGUCUUGGUACAAUCCUCUUUAGAAUCUGCAGCAAGUGAUGAUAUAGAAGCCUCAAAGGACGUUGCGUCAGUUGCGGAUCAGGACAUUCUUAUGAAUACCAGUGCGGAAAUGCAUGUGCAAUCCAGCGAGAGACGUGAUGUUACUGGCAACACGGAUUUGCAAAUCCCUUCGGGUCUAAUGCUUGAACAAGCACAAUCUGUAUCUCAUGUAGCUGAAGUUGUAGGUCAUCAAUCCAGUGACAGCUCUAUGGAGGUGGAUAAGUGCCCUAUGCCUUCAAUCUCUGAACCUGAAAACUUAGCGAUCGCGAAACCUGAUCUAGAGCUUACUGUCAACAUCGGCCAAGAUGCUACAGACCCUUACGACCCCUCUCUUGAAAGCACUCCCAAAGUGCCCAAGAUAAUUGUAGACAUGGGGUUGGAAUACACAAAGGAGGAACUCUCAGGGGUGGAUUCAGAUGCUGAACCCAACAGCCCAGUGGAAUCCCUUGCAGGCGGUUUAGACACAAAGGUUCCUUCCAGUCGUGAAGGAAGCGGCAGUGUUCAAGACCAAGACAAGGACGGAGGUGGUGGUCGUAAGAGAGAACGAACUCGUGGAAUUCGGGAAUGUGUGGAUAGCGAUGUGGAGAAAAGUGAGGCUGCAUCUCCUGUAAAUGGAGAUGAUCAAAUGUCUCCAUCCAGCAGACGUUCUCGGAAGGAACCUCGUGUUUCUGAAAAGCUUUUGCCCCUUCUUGAUGUUCUUCGCAAAUUCUUCAAUCACAAGUCAGCUGUACAUUUCAAAGGGAGGCAAGAGGAUUCUAGGUAUAGUUCGUUGAUUCGAAGACAUUUGGAUCUGACAAUUGUACGUGCACGGUUGAAGGAAGGUGCAUAUUCAGUCAGUAGUGAGUUUUUUCGUGACCUACUACUGAUAUUCAACAAUGCGAUGGUAUUUUACCCUCGGACAUCGAUUGAGUUUCAAGCCGCAAAAGUGCUCUUGGCUGAAGCAACAAAAGAGAUGCACAGAAUCUUUCAAGCAGAAGCUCUAAUGAAGCAGGAUACAACUGCCAUUCGGACAAGGGAGGUUAAGAAACGAGUAGCGCCUGCAAAGGUUGUGGCACCAUCAAAUGAUGGAGGUUCUGCAGCUAAAUUUGCUAGUUCCAGUUCACCACUCACAAGUCUGCCUGGUAGUGGCAGUAGGAAAAGAACAAGUUCUCGAUUGAGAUUGGUUGAAACACCCACCAACUCUCAAUCAGAGGGUGGAGCAGCACGGAGCGGAAGUGUUCACGUUGCAGGUGGUCGAAGUUCAAGUCGUGCUGACGAUGCAGAGACAUUUCAAGAGAACGAUCAGGAGGUUAAUGGCGGGUUGGAAGACAGGCAGAAGUCACAGAAAGGAAGUGGCUCUAACAGCAGGGGCAAAGCACCCCGAGAGGAGUUACUGGAGGGCAUUCUUUUGAAAACUGCAGCCAAUAAGGGUCUGGGUAGGCCAAAGUUGAGCGAGGUGAAAGAAGAGGAACCAACUCCAAACAGGCCAACAGUACCUUUGAAGGGAACAGCGGAAGGGAAACUAAAGGCUAAUUCAGAAACCGCUAGAAUUAGAGAACCAGAAAAAGACAAGGUUCGAGGGAAACAGGUUAGAGGAACUCAGAAAGACGAGACAAAGCCUGUACCAAAGUCAAGAGCUGCAACAACUGCUCGUGGGGUACUCAAUUCUCAUGACAUCAGUUCUCUAGCCGUUGGACGGCCCUCCAGAGGUGGGAGAAAGCCUGGCAACCUUGCCAAGGAACCUCUCCGACCAUCCGAACAAGAUGCCAAGAAGCGAAUCAGAAACUGAAUUUUCCUUCAAGGUACUCCGUCAUUUGUACAAAGAAAAACGGAGGUGUAGUGGAUAAACUUAAUACAAGACUGCAAAUUUAAGGCAUGUCGAACAUUGUGCUGGGCGGGCUUGAUCAUGUAUCAUAUCCCAAGUAACAUUUCAUGGGUUUCUGUGACUACGGAAGUGCCAACGCAUCUUCUAGCGAGAACCUUGCAGUGAAUCGAUUAAAAGGUUAUUGUAGUCUUUUGUAGGUUCUUACAACUCAAGCAGCAACCAGGCUUGAUUGAGGGAACAUUAAGCUUCCGUCUUGAAGACCCUGGAAAAUCAAAAUAUGGUUGUAAAGGGUUGUGACAAGUACUGAAGUGACUUGUCUGGUCCCCGCACCCCCGCCCCUUCCUUUAUUUUGUCUCCUUUUACUGUACCCCAAUUGAACAUUUUUACAUGAUUUAAUACAAAAAGAGAAAUGUAAUUCUAUCCACUUCA